CCUGGUUUGUGGGAAACGUCAGGCUGAGAACCCGCGAAUCAAAACUCAUCAGCCAUGACCUGCUGGGACUCCUUGGCCUACUGGCUGGACCCUUGGCCCUGGCUGGUGGUGGAGGUGCCAAGGCGCGUGUCCAUCCAGAGCAGGCGCUUGUCAUGCUUCUACUUUGUCUUGGUGCUGGGAGUGACCAUCUAUGUGUCGGUGGACUUUAUCACCGCGGAGGCCUGGCAUGGGAAGGCCCUGGUGACCAGCGGCACCAUCACCGCCUGGCGGGACGUGCCCACCAACGAGGGCGAGCUGGGCCCAGAGCACUGCGCACAGCCCCACAUGUAUGACCUGAAUUAUAGCGACACCUUCGUGUACCGGCCAAGGUCGUGCCGCCCGCUCCUGGGCAGCGCGGCCUUCCGGAAGCAAGGCAGUUGGCUUCAUUUCCCCACCUAUGUGGAGGAGACGUACUCCUGGACUUACAGCGAUUGCUCCAGAACUUCCAAAGAAGCGUGCAGCAGCAUGGACUUCCCUGGCGACUUGUCCGAGAGCACGGAGGUGACCUUCUUCGAAGCCGAGGGCCGUUGCAUUUGCCAGAUGAAGGAUAGCUUCUUCGCCCAGCGGCCCGAGGAUGAAGUGCUGGUUUUUGAGCACAGCUACUUCCUCCCGCGCGUGAUAAGCGACGUGCCCUUCUUCGGGCUGCCGGAAUGGGGCGACACGCUGACCAUCAUCCUCAGCCCCAACGGCACUCGGUGCGAAGUUGCUGGGCGCUCGACCUGGCAGGAGCACGAGGCCGCCGCGGGCAUCGGCGCGCCAUUGCGGGACUGGCUGCUCUGCGCGGGGGCUGAUCUGGACAGCGACCCCCUCUCCUUCGCGCCCGGAGGGCAGGGCUUGGCCCCGCACUUCCGGACCAUGGGCAUGCAGUUGGACUUCCGGCUCAGCUACAAGAGCGCAGGCGCACAUGUCGAACAGCACCACGGCGUGGUGUGCUUCAUCACCGUGAACGUGCACGUGGCCUGGAACUCCAACGUGGAAGUCCAGCGUGCGGUGACCCCGGCCGUCAACAGCAGCUUCGCGGAACGCCAGCUCUACAUGUACGGGGUGACGCCGCGCUUCAGCUUCGAGGGGGACUUCCGGUUCUACUCCCACACGCCCAUCAUGACCUGGGUGGUGCAGGCGGCGGUGCUGUUUGGGCUCCCGUUGGUGAUUAUGCGCUACAUCAUCGAGUUCUUCAUUGGCGUGCCCUCCACUAUUUACCGGCGAGAAACUUGCCGACCAUUUGACAUUUACGACCACAUGCGCAAGACGCAGGCCAGAAUGCUCAUCUCACAUGCCGCCUACAAUCAGCUGACAAAAGAUGAGUCUCCUCUGGAUAUGGAGAAGCUGCACGACCACCUCAAGGUGCAGUACAAGAAGGAGAUGGCCGAAGGCGUGCUGCAGGAUCACGAGAUGGAUCAAUUGUGGCGAGCCACAGUCACAGGCUUCGACACCGACGGGUCCGGCAAGGUCUCCCUACAGGAGUUUGUCAAGGCGGCGGCGUUGCUGGAUGACUUGCACAUGGAUGACAUCACCCACUUCCUAGAUCAGGACCGCCCAGUGCCCAUCCUGGAGAGGUUGCUGGACAGCACCAGGAGCCAGCUACGCAAGAAGAACCAGCACAUCACAAGGGUCGCUCCCGACGCGUCCGAGGGCGAGGAGAAGAAGUUUGGCGUCUUGGAGGGCGUGCAAGUUGAACACACUCCCUCAGGCCAGCGCCAGACAGUGCUUGAGUAGUCCGGCCGCGGCACGGGUCACGGGUCACAGCAUGCCGAAC